AUGGGUCAAGUUGAUGCUAUCCAUCCAAAAAUUUACCUCGAUAUAAGUAUCGGGGGUGAAAAAAUAGGAAGAAUUGUAGCUGAAUUAUAUGAAGAUGCUGCACCAAAAGCUUAUGAAAACUUUCUUCAUUUAUGUAAAGGUGACAAAGUUGAUUUAGAUGGUAAAGCACUAACAAUAAAAGGGAACCACUUCCAUAAAGUCAUCAAAAAUUUUAUGAUACAAGGUGGUGAUAUUACACAUGGAUCUUCUGAUAUAAGUAAGAAUAUUGAUGAUUUAGGUAAAGGUGGUUCAUCUAUCUAUGCAACAGAAUCAAAUCCACAUGGUCAUUUUGAAGAUGAAAACUUAGGAGAGUUCAGUACAACCUUCAAUCUGGCAAUGGCUAACACUGGACCAAACACCAAUGCAUCUCAAUUUUUUAUCAACACAUAUCCAUCACCUCAUUUGAAUGGGAAACACACAAUCUUUGGUAAAGUGAUACACGGGAAAUCAACAGUUCGUACAAUUGAGUACUCAGCCGUGGAUGACUCAAACAUACCUAAAAAUGAAGUUACAAUAGAAGACUGUGGUGAAUGGGAGGAUGGAGAUGAUAUACCAGUUUAUAAUACAUCAUAUAACCAAAUAGGUGGUGAUAUAUAUGAGGAAUACCCAGAUGAUGAUGAUCAUUUUGAUGAUGAGAAAGUUCCAGAACAAUAUGAAGUAACAAAUAGGAUUAAAGAAUCAGGUUCAUUAUUAUUCAAACAAAAGAAUUAUCAAGAAGCUUUAUUUAAAUACAAAAAAGCAUUAAGGUAUGUUGUUGAAUAUAUUCCAGAACCAGAUCAAGAACCAGAAUACGCCCCAAAAUUUGAAGAGCUAAAGAGAAAAUUGUACUUGAACUUAGCUUUAACUUCAGUAAAUUUGAAAGAUUUUCAAAAAGCUAUUGAUUAUUCAACAUAUUUAUUAGAAACAGAAACUGCAUUACCAACAGAAAAGGCCAAAAGUUUUUAUAGAAAAGGAUUAUCAUUAUUCGAACUUAAAAAAUAUAAUGAUGCAUUAUAUAAUUAUAAAGAGUGUUUUAAGUUGAACUCCAAAGAUUCUGUCGUUGAAAGAAAAAUCGAGGAAACUGAAAAGAUCAUUCAAGAUCAAAAAGACAAAGAAAAACAGAAGUACGCCAAAUUUUUUGGUGGAAAAUGA